UUGUGAGGUUAUGUUUUUUGAUUAGAAUAUUUAAAUUACACUAUUUUUUUAAGUAUUUUAUAGGUAAAUAUGAGUGACAGUCUUAAGGAAUUAUUAAAGUUUGUCCAAAUUGGGGCUAGGCUUGAUUUAAAAGCCAUCGCAGUAGAGAAUGUUUUAGGAUUAACAGGUUCAAAACAAGGUUUAGAAUUAGUCGUCGAAAACGCGCAACUUUUAGUUUCAUUAAUUAGUUUACUAGAAGAUACUUCCAUUCCGAUUGCCAAAGACGCAUGCAUGUGUUUAGUGAAUAUUUCGGCGAACGAAAAGGGGGCUGCGAAACUCGUCAAUUUAGACGUCAAGCAGUAUUGCCCACCUCUACAGAAGCCGCCGGAUACUUUAAUCAACCAAAUUUUAAAUAAUAUUUUCAACACGGAGAGCUCCAUUGCCGAUCAAUGUUGCAUGGUACUCUCGAAUCUCUCUCGACCGUUACAUCUCAUAGAAACUAUCAUCGAUCAGAUCGAGAACAGCGGGAAGACUUUCGAUGAGCUGAUCAACGUAUUCACUAAGAUUGCGUAUAACAAAAAAGGCGCCAAGUUGCAUUACUUGGGGCCUGUUUUAUCGAAUUUAUCGCAAAGCCGCAGGGUGAGGUUGUUCAUUUUGGACAGGAAUAAAUGCGUAAUACAAAGAUUGCUGCCUUUCACAGAGUAUAAAGAGUCUCUCGUGAGAAGAGGCGGGGUAAUCGGUACAUUGAAAAAUUGUUGUUUCGAGGAAUCAUUCCACGAGUGGUUGUUGAGUGAUGAAGUAGAUAUCUUGCCUCGGUUGUUGUUACCUUUAGCCGGUAAUGAAGAAUUCGACGAGGAAGAUAAUGAUAAAUUGCCUCUGGAAUUGCAAUAUUUACCUCAAGAUAAACAAAGGGAAGAUGAUCCGGAUAUUAGGUGCAUUUUAUUAGAAGCUAUUACUCAAUUGGUAACGACGAAAAUUAACCGGGAAUUCAUCAGAGAUAAAAAUACUUAUGUAAUAUUAAGGGAAUUGCACAAAUGGGAGAAGGAUAAACGAGCUUUAGCUGCUUGCGAGAAUUUAGUAGAUAUUUUAAUCAGAACCGAAGAAGAAAUAGGUUUAGAAAAUUUAAAGGAGGUCGAAGUACCGUUGGAAUUCCAGGAUAAAUUUAAUAAAAUUGAUUUAGAGCUUGAAAAUGAUGAAGAUCCAAAAUCUACAUAACCAUAAUUCUAUAGUGCUUAUUGAAUUAUAGAUUAAUUUUAUACUGCAUUUAAUUGUGUAAAAAUGACAUUAAUUAUAUUUUCAUUAUAUUGAUUAUUUGAAUUACACUUAUCACACCUCGUCAAUUUUAACAACAUCCUGUGAUUUUUGUAAUAAUUACAACAAUAUGUAUUCAAAUGAAUACUGUUUUUUAUACAUCAUUUUAGUUUGCAAUAUAUCUUAUUAGUGCGAUAAAGACAACUUCUAUUAGACACUUAUAAAGAAAAAAGAAAGUGAUAUUUGUGUCAUUGCCACUUUUCACUCUGACAACUGUCAUCUGUCAUUUUAGCAAUCUUUCUUUGUUCAACUCGUAGAAAUGACCAUAUUGCAAACUUAAAUGAACCAAGGUUUAUACAAGUAAUUGUUCUAAAUAAAUAAUCAGAAUCAGCAGAUAUUUUUGGGCUUUUAUUUGAUUUAAAAUACCAUCCUGAUGAUUUUCGUGCAUAUGUAAUAUCUUUUGCAAAACAUAAUUACUUCCAUACGAAAUUUCCUACCCAUGGAAUCCUACUCAGGAAGUUUACCAAAAUUUUAAAAAACACAUAAUUUGUUAUAU